CUUAGUCCGGGGUUCCAUGAUCCACUGCCACAGCUAGCGCAUGACUCGAUGGUCAAAGCGAUGGUCAAAACACAUCCACUCUAAGCCAGUCUAUUGUUCGACAAAGCGGGAGGGCUCAGGGUAUGUUGCGAAUAAAAGAGCCUGUGGUAGCGGCGCCGAUGCCCUUCUUGAUUCCCUCCAACGUGAUAACGCCCACAAGAUCCGUGACAAUCAUAAUAAUCACUCAUAGUACCCGACUGCAUUUCGCUGUGAACGCGAACUAGCUCAUACCUCUAAGGAAUCAUGUUGUACUUACUUGACACUAAACACCUGCCUUUCGUAGGCAAGGGAAGGCGGAAAGUCAUGAGUUUGACUACUGGAAAAGGAGCACGAGAUCUGACACAGGAAAUUACUGCCGCGGCUCCUGGGAUCGACAAGUUGGAUGGCAAUAAACAGUCCAUGGACUCGGAUGAUACAUCUAUGAACGCUCAAACGACUACAUCUGACUGCUCCUCCAUUAACACCGCUUCAGAUGGGGGAUCGUUACCCAUAUGUUCUUUCACUAGUUUUAUGGUUUCGAAAGGCUACGCCCUCAUCAGGCGAACACUUAAAGCUGUUCCUCGAAAAUCGGAAAGAAUGCAGUCCCGGAAGAUGCAGCACCGCUUUUCCCAGGCUUAUAGCCCCACAAAGGCCUCCGCGUCAAAUGAAUCUACGGGACCCGUGCGUUCUGUACGACCUUCUAUGGGUCAUGAUUUAUUGACGAAGGACAAGAUUCAUCUCAACAUCACCGAGGACGAUAUUCCGGCCGCAGUACCGUUUGGUCACCCCACGAAGCGCACGGUGCAUGUACCGGAUGGCGACGACGGCGACGAUUCAACCCCUUGCAAGACUUCCCGGUGUCCGCGGCGUUGUACCCACGACCAUUCUGUGCACGAUCAUGCAUUGAGCUCGACUGCUAGGGAAACACGCAAGGCUGAAAAUGAUCAAAUUGUGGAUUCUGAAGGAGAGGAAGAAUUAGGUUCUCUCAAAGUCUCUUGCUUCCAUGGCUGCUCUACUUCUAAAGGAGAACCCAAAUGCACAGAUGGGCGAUUGGCGAAUAAUGUCGAGGAAGGUACCGGUAUUCGCAAGGCCUCCUGUCCCUCUCAGAACCAAGCGGGCGCUACUUAUACUGAUGUCAGAGUGGCGCCAUAUACCCCAUUUCCACUCCCUGCUGUAGUCGAUUCCGCCAGGCUGCCUGCUAUGCCGAUCGAGCAUCCUGGAUCAUCAACGGAAAGCGUUGCAUUUGACAGCCCCUUGGCCGUAUGUCAGGUUGAUGAGAGCCACGCGGCAUCGUCGUCUAGUCCAAUUCUAUCGCUUCCCUUCAUACCCUCAACCCCGCUGCAUGAUCUUUACCCGGCAACAGAUGGAACCAACUUACUUGCGAUUAACAGCAUCUCAUCCCUCACAUCGAUGUUGCCUACGCCUUCUGUGUGUUCAAGUACUCCUUUCACAUACCCUCCUUCCACAUACCAGCCAUCAUACGGGGCGGCCCUCAAUUCUUAUCCCUUGGCAUUUCCCAGCCUAUCUGAACAGGUGCCUUUUGCCGAGCAGCCGGUCUCCACGUUUUCAGGACCCUCCCUCAUUGUCAAUACGUACGAUGGGUUUACCUCGGGGCCAUUCUGCUCUGAACCUUUCACCUUUGACUCGCUUGGCAUAUCUUCUGGCUACGCAUCUUUUGUCACUAACGGUCCUGUCCGUGCUAAUGAGGGCCCCCUUCCGCAACCACAGUGGAUUAGCCAAUCCGAUCGCAUUGACGUAGAAAUGGCAGAUGCCGAAACCGUCGUCGAGCCCACAGCGUCGAUGAUGGAACAAUGCUUCGCGAAGCCUUCUACGGAGCUAAAUGCGUCAAGGUCCUUCCAUCACUUUUCCCCUGCUGAUGUGACUGCCACCACUGCGAUACACUAUGCCUGUGCCUAUGAAGCGCCAGCUGCAAUUACCGCAUUUAGCGGAGUUUCAACGGCUUUGUCUGCAGUUGGGCCUAGCUCCGAGGAAUUCUCUAUGAUGAUUAUCGAACCUAGCUAUUCUCAGCCUGCAUUCGAUUCUACCACACGUCAUUUCCCUACAAGUGCCGGACCUUCAGGUAUUCAAUCUGGGCUCGGCCAUAGUUCGCGACGGUGUUCUAGCAUUAUUGACGCACAUCCGGCUGCAUUUCUGGCGCCCAUACUAGAACAACCUACCGAACUCUCUCGUUCUAGAUCCACAAACCCCUUUUCUGGCCCUUCUGAGAUGCCAUCAGCGGAUCAACACACUCACAAGAUCACCACACGGGAACGAGAGAUACAAGGGACCUCCUGGCAGGCCGAUCAUCUCCACGCCAUCCUUGAGGAUGAAGAGUACACUCAACAUGCUAGUCCUGUAGACGUCAACGUUCACAAACACGUUACGUCCCAGCCCAUUCCUGCCCCAAGCACAGUGAUCCAUCCGGAGACCGUUGUGCAGACCGUUGCGCAGACCGUUGCGCAGCCAGUCGGUCACGUUAACGACACCGUUGCCCCAGUCCGUCGCCAACCUCAGUACAUUGCCCCGUCAGCAGCGAGCAUCCCUGGGAAAGGCCUUGGUGGUAAAGAAACCCAGCCAGACGACGAUGCCAAGACCGAACCAGACGACGAUGCCAAAACUGAGCCAGACGACGACGCCAAGACAGAGCCGGAUGAUGGGAUCAAUGAGAAGGAUGUGAACGCUGAAGUACUUGCCCACGCUAUACUCGACAUACCACUUCCGCCAGCGGUUGUCGCAAGCGUUCAACUUCUCGGUCAGCGGAAACGGAGAAAUUCAUGUUGCAGUGAAGGCAUCACCCGCAUGCGCGCAAAGAGAAGGCAGGUGGACGCUGAAGAGAAUAAAGAAGAUGGAAAAGGCGGGACCCGCGUACAGCGGACGCGGUUUAAUCAUUUAUCGAGACCGUCACCUUAUGGAUCGAUGCCACGGCGGAACAAAGGUCAUGUAAAGAGACAUGAGAAUUCGGAUUCUUUGAGCGGCCUCCACUCCCAGGCCGACAUACAGUCCGGUGAAACAUCUCAGGCGUCAGGAGUUGAGCCAGGCGACACCUCCCUGUCGCGAUCUCCAUUCAAUCCAUCCAUCCGCAAUUCAUCCAAAUUGCAUGGAUUGGAUAUGACCCCAGCUCCGGACGUCCAGCAUAAUAGUACUAUCCCCAUAUCCUCACGACCUCGAUUGCGAGACGACGAUUCUCACUAUGACGCCUCCGACGAGCUUCACAAAAAGGAGGGGACAGUGAGACGGACUCGAUUCAUCAAAAGUUGCGUCGAGAAAACGAGAGAAUCCGCACAACCCCUACCACCGCCGGCAAAUCCAAUACCAGACAGAAAGAGACCGCCGACUCUGCGUCGGGCUGCUGGGUAUGGGAGCGCAGGCCGUCAACAUCGUGCUUAUCAUCCCACCAACGGUGGUGUUCAAGUACGCACGGGAAAGCUGGAUGUAAUGCGGCGUGCUCGCUUGGCAACAAGCAGCUCAGCUUUGAGACAUGCUCAUCCACCGCGUGUUGUGUCAGAUACCCUAGACAAGGAUCCAUUGUAUGGUUUCACAUUUGCAAAAGCCGCAUUUUAGAAUUGCGCAAGGACGUCGUCCGCAACCCUCUGUCUUUGUGUUUAUCCCUACGCACAUACGUUCAGCUAUCAUAUACCUCGGAUCAAUGCAAUGGGCCUCGAGAAUAUCCGCGAGAAGUGAUUUGCACCUGCGACAAUCUUGCUUUAAGAUAGGAUGAGAAUGCAUAGUUCAAGUUAUGAACCGCACGUCCCCAAUACAUGGGGUGAGAGGAAAUCUAGAGAAGUUUGACG